AUGAUCAUCCUACUUGUGUGUAGUUAUAACUGCCUUCACUCACCCAUGUAUUUGUUUUUGGCAAAUCUCUCCCUUUUAGAAAUCAUGCUCACUUCUGUGACACCUAAGAUGUUGGCCGUUACAAUUUCACAAAUAAACACUAUAUCCUUUGAAGACUGCAUCACUCAAUCAUUCUUCUAUUUUCUUUUUGUGACCAUAGAGUUCCUCAUCUUGGCAAUUAUGUCAUUUGACUACUAUGUUGCUAUCUGUAUCCCUUUCAGAUACCCCACUAUUAUGAGGAUCCAGGUUUGCCUGAAGAUGAUCAUGGACUCUUGGGUGGGAAGGUUGUUGUAUGAUCUACUUCCUUCUAUUGUAACCAUAAAAUUGCCAUUCUGUGGUCCCAAUGUCAUGGACCACUUUUUCUGUGACACUGCCCCCAUGUUAAAACUGUUCUGUGGUGAUCUCCACCUGGUAGAAAGCAGUUCUCCUUCUGAGCUCUCUUCUGAGCUCUCUCUUCUUUACCCUGACCCCUUAUGUCUUCAUUGUGUUUACCAUGUCAGAAUGCCCUCUGCCCAGGGAAAGUGGAAGGCUUUCUCCACUUGUGCUUCUCACAUGAUUGUUGUCACUAUGUUUUAUGGUGUUUCCAUAUUCCUCUAUGCUCAACCUUCUAAAGGAAAUGUCUUAUCAUUUAAUAAGUUGGGCACUAUUUUGAGUACAAUAGUGACACCCUUGUUAAAUACAUUUAUCUAUACUUUGAGAAAUCAGAUAGUUUUAUAG